AUGAUGCUUAAAAAAAAGGCUCACCAAAGCUUUAAUUAGUUUUAUUGCUAUGAGCAAAAAUUUAGGUAGGAAAAUGCUCAUAUGCAAGAAGGAAAGAGACCAAUUUCAAAGAGGUGGUCUGUUUUAAACAACAUCAAUAAUAUAAUUUCUAUAGAUGACAAUAUAAUAGCAACGAGUAAUACAGUUUCGUAUGAAGUUAGAUUUUGGGAUAUCAACACAAAGAAUUUGGUUUAUGUAUUGCACUAAUGCCAUGGAUGGGUUAGAAGAAUCCUGUAUUCAAAUAAAUCUAAGAGGUUAUUCAUACUUCUUUCACCAAAUACCAUGCUAAUAUACAAAAAAGAUCAUUCAUCUAUUGAAUUCAGUUUGUAAUAAUAGGUCCUACUUAACAGUAGAUGUGAGAUACUUUACUCUAAAAACUUAGUAUAUUAUGCAGGAGAGAAUUCAGAAAUUGGUGUGAUUAACUUAAAUAAUAAAAAAAGAUUAAAUUAAAAUUUUCUUAACAAACCAAUUCUUUCUCUUGAAAAAUGGAAUAACUAUAUAAUAGCUGGAUCAGAACUAGAUAUUACUUUCUGCAGUAAAAUUAAUUUAUAAUAAGAAAAGAUUAUUGAGAAAGCGCAUUCAAGUUCUAUUCAUAUACUCAAAAUAAUGAAGUAAACGAUGUACAAUACAGACGUUUUAUUUUCAGGAUCUUAUGAUAGAACUUGCAAACUAUGGAAUCCUUUUACUCUUGAGUUGAUAAAAGUCUUAGAUUUUUCAGCUGACCUCAUUCAAGUUAUUAAUACUAAUUAACUACUAGUUCAUCCAUUUUAGUUCUCAAAGGCUUAUCAUAGUAUUCUACUAUUUGAUGUGAAUAAUGCUUAUAAUACCCAUCUAUUACCUUUUUCAGAAGUCAAAUACAUAUCCUCCUUCUACUACAUUUAAAAUUAAAUGAUGUUCAUUAUAGGAUUCAAAAAUAAUACUUUUGAAGUCUUUCAAGCACUAAACAAAAAAUAAAACAACAAAAAGAGGGCACAAAACCUUUAAAAAAUAUUAGCUUGUUAAUUGUGA